GAAUUAACUUUAAAUUCUUUACUUUUAGUUUCGUUUUAUCCACUAACCAAAAACGAUGCAAUAUUGUAUAGAUCAUGUUUUAAAAUAGAAAGGCAGACAAUCAGAUUGUAACCGAGACUUAAUUUAAGCAAGGUUGUACAUGGUGGACAAAGUGUAAAUUCCGAACCUCUAAACAUGGCAAACGAAACAAGAGUUGGUGGAGAUUUGGACCUACUUUUUGACUUUCUCUCAAGAAAGCUUUCACCUCAAGAUCUCUUCUUAGUCUCUGUCCAUUUGCUGGGUGAAACACAGAUGGCAGAAACUUCUCGAUCACAGUCUUAUCCAUCUGAAACUUACUUCCGCAUUCUUCAUACCUGGCGAUGUAAACAUCCAUCCAUCGACCAUCAGGGCGAAUUGAGGGAGGUUUUUCAUUCCAUGGAGAGGCAAGAUUUGAUAGAUGAAAUGGAAGGCUUUUCUCGGGAUCAGUAUAUUUUCAAUGCCAGCCAAAUAGUUGAGCCAGAAAAACAGGUGGAAAACUCUGAUCUUACCAUCAUGGCAAAUAAUCUUGGUUCCAGAUACUAUAAUGUUAUGAGAUUCCUCGGAAUAAAUCAGCGCACAAUAGACCAGAUUGAAGCAGAUCAUUCCUCCAUUAAGGAACAAAUCUACCAGUCACUGUUAUAUUUGAAAAGGUUGAAGCCUACCUUAACAAGGCAAACAAUGUGUAAUGCUCUCUUCUAUGCUGACCAUUCUGAUGUGAUUGAAAAUCUUAAUUCGAAAUGGAAACACUGAGGAAUACUGUAAUUCAUCUUGACAUUUCAUUAUAUACAUUGUAUAUAUUAAGUAAUAAAAUAGUGAUGCAUUGUGCAUUUUUCAUUGAAAUAUUUUAUACUUUUAUAUCAAACAGUAGAGCUAAUGAAAUUGUAACAUUUUUUUUAUAGUUUUGGUUUUAUUUUCACUUGUUUCACACAAAAUAAGCUUCAAUAAAUAAUAUACACUCAG